AUGAAGACAAAGAUCCUUCUUUUCACUGGGUUACUAUAUGUUGCAUGUUCUUGUGCUUUUCCAGUGGCUCCAGAAAAGAAAAAAGAAGAUAUGCAAUUUGCUAAGAAAUAUCUGGAAAAUUUUUAUGAUUUUAAAGAAGAGAAAGGUUCUCUUUUGAAAGCAAAGAACCUUAAUCGCAUGGCUGACAAAAUCCGAGAGAUGCAGUCAUUCUUUGGGCUAGAGGUGACUGGGGAGCUGAAUCAUAAGACACUGGACAUGAUGAAGCAGCCCAGAUGUGGAAUACCAGACAUCCGUUCAUAUAGCACCUUCCCACACAGCCCUAGGUGGAAGAAAGAAGAUGUGACAUAUCGGAUUUUGAACUACACUCCAGACAUGCUACAAGCCGAUGUAGAUGAAGCAAUUGCAAAAGCCUUCCAGCUCUGGAGCAGUGUCACCCCUUUGAGAUUCACCAGGCUCUACAGUGGUCAAGCAGAUAUAAUGAUCUCCUUCGCAGCUGGAUUUCAUGGUGACUUCUAUUCCUUCGAUGGUCCAGGAGGAACUCUGGCUCAUGCCUACCCACCCAACAGUGGGAUAGGAGGAGAUGCCCACUUUGAUGAAGAUGAAAACUGGACUAAAUUUACUACCUAUGGUGGAUUCAACUUAUUUCUUGUUGCUGCUCAUGAGUUGGGCCAUUCGCUAGGUCUUGGUCAUUCCAAUGUCUUCGGUGCUUUGAUGUAUCCUAUAUAUAUGGCCAAGGAUACAAGGGACUUCCAGCUUCAUCAGGAUGAUAUUGGUGGCAUUCAAGCCCUCUAUGGAUCCCCCAGAGAAUCUCCAGUACUUCCAUCAAAAGCUUUUCCCCCGCAAGAACCAACUGAAAUGACACCUGCAGAGGCACCAACUGAAAUGUCACCCCGGGAAGAACCAACAGAAAUGACACCCUCCAAAACCCCCCAAAGACCAGAGGACUGUGACCCUCAUUUGACUUUUGAUGCUAUCACCACUCUCCGUGGGGAAACACUGUUCUUCAAAGGCAGCUAUGUCUGGCGCAGAAGUCCAUAUUUCUCAGAAAUUGAGCAUGACACCAUCUCCUCUUUCUGGCCUUCACUGGCAGCUGGAUUUGAUGCAGCUUAUGAGGUUGACAAGAAGGAUCGAGUGCUAUUUUUUAAAGAUGACCAGUACUGGGCUGUCAGUGGCUACAGUAUAGAUUCAGGCUUCCCAAGGCCUAUUCAGAACCUGGGCUUCCCCACCAGUGUUGGGAAAAUCGAUGCAGCUGUUCAUGAUCAAGAUACCAAGAAAACCUAUUUCUUUGUGGGCAACAAAUACUGGAGUUUCAAUGAAAACACCCAGUCAAUGGAAAGGGGAUAUCCAAGAAAAAUAGCAGCUGACUUCCAAGGGAUUGGCCAUAGAGUUGACGCUGCCUUUCAGAAAAAUGGAUUUUUCUACUUAUUCCAUGGAUCAAACCAAUAUGAGGUUGACAUCAAGAGAAAGAAACUCAUCCGUAUAAUGAAGAGCAACAGCUGGUUUAAUUGCUAG